UCCUUGAAAGAAGCAAUGAAAAGAGUAGACCACAAACUCCAAGCCUUACAAGAACAGUUUGAAGAACUGGACAUCACCAAGGAUAAACUCACACAGAAAUUUGAACACCAUAGCAAGAUUUUGGCAAGUCAAGCAGCCCAGGAUGAGCUAUGGACAGCAGUUUUGGCACUUAAGUUCACUUCAAUGGAACUGAAUAUUUUAUACAGCUAUGUCAUCGAGGCACUUGUCUGCCUGCACACUCAUGUGCUUGAGAAGCUGCCAGACCUGGUGAGAGGUCUUCCCACCCUAGCCUCUGUCCUUAGACAGCAAGUCAAGAACAGGCGUGUUCGAGUUGCGUGGGAGUCGGUCCUGAGCGAGUGUGGGCUGCAGGCGGGAGACGUCACAGCGCUCUGCACCUUCUUUAUUGCGCAUGGCAACAAGGCGGAGUACUAUGCUGCUAAAGUGAGGCACAUGUAUAUCAGAGAUGUCACGCUCAUGAUCACCAAUAUGGUAAAGAAUCAAGUGCUACAGGAUGGUUUGCUGAAGGCUCUUCAGGUCACCGAGAAGGGGAAAGCAAUGCCGCCGCCCAGAGAGCCAAAGUCACCCCUAAAAGAGUUGAUACCAUCAGUCAGAAACUAA